GAAAGAAGGUGCCCGUCUCCGCACCGCCGCGACAGCGACAAGGAGGCUCCUGGGUUGCUGCCGUCCCGCCAUGGCUCUCGGCUUCGAGCUGCUCUUCGACUCCCUGGGACACUUCGGCAGAUUUCAAGCAUGUGUUUAUUUUGCAACUGUCUUUCAAGCUAUGUCAUGUGGUAUCCAUUACCUAGCAUCUGUGUUCAUGGCUGUUACUCCUAAAUUUGUAUGUGGGAUCCCUGGAAAUGUGAGUAGUAUUCUUUUCCACAACUCCUCCAGAUCAAGCAUAGAGGACAUCUGGACACUAUGGGCAUCAGCAGAAAAUUACAUUGUAGUCCAGCUGGAAAAUGGAGAAAUUUGGGAACUUGAUCAGUGCAGCAGGUCCAAACGAGAAGUCGGUUUGGAUCUGACAUAUGAAUACGAAGGCAACAAGUCCAUAUUUUCUUGUUCUGAUGGAUUUCUCUAUGAUGAUACAAAGUGGAAGAGCACUGUUGUUACACAGUGGGAUCUGGUCUGUGACCGAGAAUGGCUUGCAAAAUUAAUACAGCCUACAUUCAUGCUUGGAGUCUUGUUUGGAGCAGUGAUUUUUGGUGACAUUGCUGACAGGCUGGGAAGACAGCGUGUUAUAUGGUUCACAAGUACUGGUCAGUUUGUAUUUGGCAUCGCAGUGGCCUUCACAUUUGACUACUACAGUUUUGUGAUUGUGCGCUUCCUCCUUGCUAUGGUUUCAAGUGGCUAUCUGGUUGUGGCUUUUGUUUAUGUGACUGAAUUUGUUGGCAUUAAAGCACGAACCUGGGCUUCUAUGCAUGUCCAUGCUUUUUUUGCUAUGGGAAUUAUGGUUGUGGCACUCGUGGGAUUUUUGGUUCAGACCUGGUGGGUCUAUCAGAUAUUUCUCUCCAUAGCAACUCUUCCCUUUAUCUUGUGCUGCUGGAUGCUCCCAGAAACACCUUUUUGGCUCCUGUCAAAGGAAAGAUACGAAGAUGCACAAAAAGUAAUUCAUAUAAUGGCAAGAUGGAAUAAAGUAAGCACUCCCUGCAAAGUUUCUGAACUCUACUCUGUCCAACAAGAUGAUCUAGUGAGUGGCAGAAUGGGUGACAGUGACACAUCCUCAACAAAGAAGCACAACAUCUUAGACCUGUUUUGUAACUGGCACAUUGCAAGAAGGACCAUCACAGUCUGGCUGAUCUGGUUCACUGGGAGCUUGGGGUACUACGUCUUCUCCCUCAGUUCUGUCAGUCUAGGAGGCAAUGAAUAUUUAAAUCUCUUUCUCAUAGGUGCUGUGGAGUUGCCUUGCUAUGUCAUUGCUUGCAUUGGGAUGGACAAACUGGGAAGGAGAAACACACUCAUUCCGUUCCUUAUUUUAAGUGCACUGAUCUGUGUUUUAAUUAUGUUCAUACCUCAGGAAUUCAAUAUAUUAAUUAUCUUGGCAAAUAUGGCUGGAAAAUUUUCAAUAGGUGUGGCAUUUGGCCUUAUAUAUCUCUACACAGCAGAACUAUACCCAACAAUUGUAAGAUCACUUGCUGUUGGAAGUGGAAGCAUGAUGUGUCGUGUAGGAAGUGUGGUUGCUCCUUUCUGUGUAUAUCUGAGAAGUGUCUGGAUUUUCAUGCCACUUUUGCUUGUUGGGAUCAUGGCUCUUCUGAGUGGAAUAUUAACAAUAAUGCUUCCAGAAACACUGGGAAAACCAUUGACUAAUACUUUGGUGGAAGCUACAGAAAUUGGAAGAAACAAGAAAAGCUGUUCAGAAAAGACUCCUCCAGCACGUAGUGGUGCACCAUUAGAAAAGAUAGAGAUGUUUGGUCAAGAAAACAGUCAGCACUGAGAAAUAAAGCAACAGCAAAAUGGCUGUUCCCAAUUUUAAUCAUUAUCUAAUUUAUAAGAUCUUUUUAUUCAAGAAAUGUUACUGUACUAUAAUAUCUGUGCCUUUUACUUUGUUUCCCGUCUUGCCUUUUCAUUAGAGCAAGCAUAUAAGACCUUUGCGACUGAGGUACUGCAUAAACUUUGAUAGGAUUUAUAGUUCCUUACCCAGACUUUAGAAACUUACCCAGACUUUAGAAAACCUUCUGACUUGCUGUGGAGAGUUGGAAUGAUUACUGCAAAUGUUGCAACAUACCUGAUUACACAUAGGUAAAAAAUAUGCCAAUUCUUUGCUUCACGUUUUCUGCUGUUAGAUUUGCAAAACCACCACAAAGUGCCCUGUCCACUCUCAUCCUAUUGCAGCUGACAGUUACAGGCUUAAGACUUCAACACACAGUAAACUCAGACAGUUGUGAUUCAAGACAGGAGCCCUAAUGCUGCAUUAGUCAUAUCAAUAAUUUUAAAGUUAAACUAAUUUAUUAUUCUUCCCCCCCCCCCCCCGUUUUCUACUAGAAAAGGUGCCAUUACUAAUAAAGGAAAGUAUUCUGUGGAACAGCUUCAGACUGAAAAAAUAAUACUAAGUUUGCAAAAUGUGCAAAUAGUUUGUAUAUUCAUUCUGUUGAAUGGGAAAUGUAUUUUUAUUAGUGGUUUAGAAAAAUGGGUCUCAUUCAGGCUCUCUGCACAGAGGUAGACUUCUUAGUAGAGAUGGUAUCUACACCAUUUUCCUCAUAGAUCAGCUGUCUUUAGCUCAUUUUUUCCUUGUACUACACAAAAUCAGUUAGAAAAAUACAAUUUUAAAAAUGCUAGCUGGAGGACACUGAUCAACACAAACAGAAGGUACCAGUCACUCUUGUAGUUUUAGUCGGUGUCUGUAAAUGUCCCACUGUUGAUCUACACCUCAUGUGUAGAUCAACACUUACUGGCUGGUGUGGUGAUUCUGCCUUACAACUGUGGACCACAGAAAACUGGUAAAUACGAAUGCAUGCUACUUUUAUGGCUUUCUGUCCCACCUCCCCUUUUUCAGUCUACCUCCAGACCUGGGCGUUUCUUGCUUGCCUGAGUAUCCGUAUCCUCUUUGCUUGGCCACCCUUGGCUUGAGAGGAGCAUCAGAAGAAACUUCUGCAUGUUGAGGUUCAGACAGCUCUCUCUUGCUUGAGCUGUGUGAACCCUGUCAUCCCUGGUUUGAAAUGAGAGUUUUUCUCAUCUUAGGCACAUACCCUUACACUAGCUGGUACAAUUUCAUCAAAACAAGUUAUCCUUGUUUACUUCUUUGCCAUCUACCCCAAAAUCAGACAUCUGUAUUACUGUAGAUAGAUAUUCUAUAUGCUGUAGAGAUUAGUGGCCACAUUUUUCAAUUCUAUCUGCACAGUCAAAUUAGUUCCAAUUACUUCUGAAACCAGAAUAAUGAUUUAUAUCCCCUUAUAAAAGAUUUUUAUUUUCUUCACUGCAUUGUCCUAGAGCGUCAAAUAGCAUUUUGGUCCUGGUGUUAGGACAAAAUCAUCUCCUAUAUUAGGAGUAAAAUGCUUCAAAGCAAAAAACAGUAAGUUUAAGUUCAGGGAGUUUCUGUGUAAUAAUUACAUGGAAAGCAGAAAGGAAUCUUCAUGUUUCCUUCAAUUGUGUGGGUGUUCCAGUAUUUGCAGAGAAAACCUCUAAAGAGAAUGGCAUAGAAUACUGUGGUUUCUGUCCAAAUAUAUUAGUUCAGCAAAAGCAUGUACUUAACCUUACCCGCAUGAGUAACCACAUCUUUAUUCAGAUAAUGACUUGAAUACAUACUUUUAUGAGUGAAGAUACAAUUACUCACAUGCUGUGGGUUUUUGUUUUGCUGAAGAGCAGACCUAGUAUUCUUCCACUGCUUUCAUAUGCCCCUCCAGUUCACAGAGCAGAACUCUCCUUAUCUGCAAGAUCCUUUGGCUAACCCUGCAUGCUCUGCCUUAAACAAGGGUUUAACCGUGCUAAGGGAAAAUGUCAUGCGAUACACCUAACAAGGAAUUGAAUUGGUACUGUCUGGCAUUGCAACCACCCUGCCCCUUGACAGCUCCAAGUAAUUGCAUUAUUUUGGUUUUUUUCCACACUGAUAACUCCCUCUUUUAUUAGUACAAGGUCCUAUCUUAAACUCCUUAGUCUUAAGUGCAGGGGACAGUAAGUCUGCUUUUAGCAAGGUACUAAGGAACUAUUAAAAUUAAUUUUUCUACUUCCUUACCUGCUGAAUAACUGAUCUGGGAGUUACCCUACUAAGAACAGACAGUGCAUGUUCUGUGUUCCUUUGACUUGAGGGAUUCAGGACCUAGUAAUCUGUUACUGGUAUACAUAAAGAAAAUAAAGAAGAAAGCAAAAACUUACAUGAACCAGUGAUACUGAGCAAUGCUUACCAGCUAAAAUCUAAUGAUUAUUCUAAAUUACAAUGUAGUUUGAUAACUUUUAAUCCCAAAAGUCAGUUCCUCCUGUCACUGAAGUCAGUUGGUACUUGGUCUUUGAUUCAAAUUAGAUCUGGAUUUCACUGAACUAAUGAUGUUACUUUUUGCCCUAGAAAUAAAAUUUUUAUUGAUCCACAG